UGUGAUCUGAACCUCUUCCUACAGGGUUUGAAAGACUUCAGUGUGCCUGUUGGCCUGGAUGCAAAGAUGAAGGUAGACCUGGUUGUUGUCGGCUCUGUGGCGGUCUCAGAGAAAGGCUUUCGGAUUGGAAAAGGAGAGGGCUUUGCUGACCUGGAGUACGGCAUGAUGGCCUCAAUGGGAGCUGUGAGCGAGUCUACUGUGGUGGUUACUAUUGUCCAUGACUGCCAGGUGGUGGACAUCCCUGAAGAGUUGGUAGAAAGUCAUGACCUGACUGUGGACUACAUCCUCACACCCACCAGGGUUAUUAAAACAGACUGCCAGAUCCCCAAGCCACAGGGAAUCAUCUGGACUAAGCUGGACACCGAAAAGCUAGAGAAGAUCCCUAUCCUGAAGACGCUGCGUGCUCUGGAAGAACAGGCUGGAAAGGAUGUAACGCUCGGGGCGGCGCCUCCUGCAGCAGAACCCGGUCUGCUGACCGGUCAACCUAAAAGGCAAACCAGACGGAGGCCAAGGAGGAACACGCAGCAGGACGCUGAGGGAGAUUUUAAACAGGAGAAAAGAACCGAGUCUGAACAGAAAGCCAGACAGCACCCAGCUAGAGUGAGAAAAGAAAGCAGAGGAGACGGUGGGGGUGGUAAACAGGGAGAAAUCGUCGAGAGAGGAAAGGGAAGAAAUGGAGGGAAUGUCAAGGAGAAGGGCCCCGAGGAGGUUGGAAGUGAAGUCGUGUCUCAGCGUAAGCUCCCUCUUAGUGUGACCACAGUUUAUCUGGGGGGAAUCCCUGCUGGACUGCGUGUUAGUGAGCUGAAAACUGCUCUCAGAGAGAGGGAGGCCGCCCCACUGAGGCUCACCUGGCAGGGAGCUCAACACAGGGCCUUCCUGGACUACAGUGACCCUGAGGCUGCAGAGCAGGCCCUGGAGGCUCUGCAGGGUCUCAGUCUGAAUGGUCACAGUCUGCAGGCUGAGCUGGCCAAGAGCCAGCGGGGAGUCAAGAGGUCCGGGCAGUCCAAUCGGAGACCAAGACCAUCAACAGCUCCGAAAUCUAAAUCUGCACCACCAGAUACUGAGAGUGAUACCAAUGAAAUGACUGAGCAGUAAUAGCAAUAGGCAAUACGCAGCCCAACAAGUAUUUAUUGUGGAGCUACGUUAAAUGCCUUAAGAAGAGUAGUUUCUUUGUAAUAUUUCUGGAUUUAUUACAAGUUGACCUCACUUAUAUGAACCAUCUGAAGUAACUGCUAAGGCUAAUGCACUUCACAAUCUGAUUAAAAUAUGCAACUGCUGAAUCCCAGCAUCAUAAAGCAUUGCAUUAGAAAAGUAUUUUGUUCAUACCAGUUCACUAUAUUAACAAUACAUCUAUGUGCCUUGUUUAUUCACACACCCCUCCUGGUCUGGGUGCCCAGAGCCUUCAUUUCUUGAAGGUGCUUUUUUGGGUAAUUGUUAGAGUUAGUUAUUUCCCUUUCUAACCAUAGACCCUACAAACUUUUGUUAAAAUACACAUUUUAUUUCCACAACCAACAGUAAUUACCUCCUCUAAGGUCAUAUUUUCACACCUAUUUGUCUUAUUGUUGGUUAUUUCUAAAACUAUUAACUAAGGCCAUGGGCUUAAGAAGUAGUUUUUGUUGCGGAUAGCGCCGCUUUGUGGUCGUCAUUCACCUCAUACAGUCCUUAUGAUUCCUGGCCCAUUAAGCCUAGUAUUAAAAUUGGCCUAACAUUUUAUUUAUCCAUAUAAGCCCCACCCAUUUCUGACCACACAUAUCUUCCACCAUUUUGAAUUGUUUUGCAAAAUACACCUUUCACUACUAAUUUCACAUACAUUUUAUCCAAUCUUCACAAAUUCUGCACCAUUUGAAUGACCCUAGAAACCUUUUUUUCCCACAUCUUAUUGCUAAAUUGUGAAAAAGUUGAGGCCCAUUUGACAUAAACUGCCAUUAUUCUUGAUUAUAUUGUUUAGUUUCACCCAAAUUUAGAAGACGUGAACAUAUUAGCAAAUUGUUAUGCAAUUUUGAUUACAGACUGCAGCAAUAAGAUGCAUUAGUCAUGAUUGAGAAUUUCAACUCAUCCUUGCACAUAGGGUGUAGGCAUUCUCUAAAAAUUAACAUGAUUGGCUCAGUGUACUUUGACAAAGAUCUGGAUCUACAUGCAGAUUAUAAACCUGUAAACCUACUUUAUUUAAUGAUGUUAGUUAGUGCAGCCUUGUUGGAGUUAUGCUUUUUGAUUUCUGCUUGUUUACUGUACUUUGUACUUAAGUUUUUUUUUAUCAGAAUAUUUUGGAAAUAGACAUUUAAACAGAUAUUAGAACCAUUUAUUAAUAUUGAUAUAUUCAUGGCAUAUUGUCUGGCUAGGUCAGUUUGAGAAUGAAGCCAUUCUCACAUUUAAGAUAUGCUACCAUGAACUGUUCUAGUGUUAAUGCAUCUGUUUGUAACACAUUCUCUACUAAAGCGUCUGGCUGUA